AAAAGUGGUGUUCUGUAUCAUUUUAUUCCACAUGGCAGAAAUUAAUAACAAACACAAAGAACUUAUAUUUUAGGCGAAGUUUAUGCUUAGUGUAGUCGACGCAUGCGCAUUCUGUUUGUUACUGUAAGGUCAAAAAUAAUCUGCUUUACAAUAGUUUCACCGGUACCAUGACCUUCUUACUAAAACACAUAUCAAGACGAGCCAUUUCCCUGGUAAAAGCACAAGACAGGCUGUUACACACAGGAAGGGCAGUAUGUGCUGGAAACUGGAAGAUUGGUAAGAUAAACCAUGUGGCUGUAGCUGUUCCUGACAUGGGCAAGGCCACCUCUCUGUUCAGGGACGUCCUUGGAGCCGAAGUCAGCGACAAACAUCCUCAACCUGACCAUGGCGUAUACACUGUGUUUAUUGAACUUGGAGAUACAAAAUUAGAGUUACUGAAUCCGAUGGGAGAGAACAGCCCUAUACAGAACUUCUUGGACAAGAACAAAAAUGGAGGAAUGCAUCAUAUCUGUAUUGAGGUGGACAACAUAACGGAGGCUAUGAAAGACUUGAAGGAAAAAGGCAUUAGACUAUUGAGCGCAGAAGCAAAGAUAGGAGCACAUGGUAAACCUGUUGUGUUUCUGCACCCAAAGGACUGUAAUGGUGUUUUGGUGGAGCUUGAGGAGGCCUAAUUAAAAAAUCUGCUUACCAUUCUCAACAAAUUCUUUAUUCAGUGUUUGAUGUCAAGUCUUUGCCGAAGUGUGAUUUUUAUUGAAUCUACAUCAAUUUCGUAGAACACUGUAUAAAUACACUGGGGUUGUGUUAUUAUGAAUUCUGGUAUCUUUUGAAUACCAGGUUACAAUGAAUCUGAAAAUGUUGUUAUUGGUCCCAGCUUUGGAAUAGGACUGGGGUUUAUAUUAUGUUUACAAUUAAGAAAGACAUCCUCUGGCAAACAAUAUCUAUGUGAGCAUCUCAGGUUUGUUUAAAUUGUACAAUAGUUGACCUAAGCUGUCUAUAUGAUGUUAAAUAAAAUAAAACCAAACCAAUUGGUGAAGAAAAGCUUUGGAACAAGGACUAUGCUUGAGAUUAUAUGUGAAACAGAAUAAAAAGAUGUAAAAUGAAGUUAAAAUAGAGAUAAAAGGAUACAUGUAAUGGAAAGAAAUCAGAUGUAAGAGAGAGAAACAAAAUGGAAGGUGUGAGGAAUACAGAAUGUGUGAGGGAGAGAGAAAAUUUACCUGUUUUUGAGUACCAUGGUAUGUGUAUAUUUUGUUAUGCAGUGUAAUGUAUUGUGUGUUUACAGACUUCAAAUAUACUUCAAUAAAAUCUGCAGUGCAUCAUAUAA